UUACAAUCUUUAUCUCUCUUUCUUCCUCCUGUUUCGUCGUCAACUGAGAGAGAGAGAGAGACACAGAGGCACAGAGCUUGAGUUGAAUCUUGACAACUCAUACUGAACCAAAAGCAAGAUCCACUCUCAAUUUCUCUUUCAUUUCCAGUAACUCAAACCCUUAAAACCAACAGAUCUAUCCUAAAUUCCACAAAUUACAACCGUACCAUGUCCUGCUUAGCCCUUUCUCUCCAACCCGCUAAUGGAUCCGACAUCCUGCUCCAGACCCGAGAAUGGUUCCCACCUGCCCGUGCCCUAGUUGCCACCUCCGCCUUCCGUAAAACCCGAUUAGCAUUCGCUGCCACCAAACAUAAUUCUAAUAAUCCUAACAAUCCUAACCACCUCUCAGAUGACUCUGCCGCCGAAUCUAUCGGCGAUGAUCCCCUUGCCGCUUCUAGUGGUCAACUUAUUGUCGGCGUUGAGAGCCGGUACCGUGUUGUUUAUCGUCUAGUCAACGGAAUCUACGUUCUUGGUAUCACCACCGCCGAUCAUGAUAAUUCAAUUAAUGUAUUUGAGUGCAUUCAUAUUGUUAACCAAGCCGUUAGUGUUAUCGUUACUGCUUGCCGUGGCGUGGAUGUUACGCCUGAGAAGCUGAAUAGGAAAUACGCUGAGAUCUAUAUGGCUUUGGAUAUUGUAUUGCGUGGUGUGAGUAAUAUUAGGCUUGCGGCUAUGUUAGCUUCUAUGCACGGCGAUGGUAUUGCUAAGAUGGUACAUUCUGCUUUAGAUACAGAGAAUAAAAUUAGAGGCGCUGAUAGUUGGCCUGGAGUGGAAGUGCACGCUGUUGAGCAUCAGUCCAGUAUUGAGGCGUUUUCGAAUGCGACAUUUGAAUUGCCGCCUGAGACAAUUGCGGCAGGAGAUGAGGUUGCGGCAAGUCUGGCACCUGUUGUUAUUGAGGCGCAAGAUCAGAAGCAAGAGAAACAGGAGGAGGCUGAGGCACCAAAGGAUCCGUUUGCGGCGAGUGAUUCGAUCAAUAAGCAGGAAGACUUGGUGAGUGAUUUUAAGAAAGAUAAGAAUCAGUCUUUAGAUUUACAAGUUGCGUUGGCGGGGUUGGAGGUGACUACAUUGCCACCUGCAGAGGCAACACAAGCUACACAUAUAAGUGUGGAGGGAUUUGAAGGGGAUUAUGGUGGUAUUGAGUUUAGUCAUGAGCAGGCUUCUUUGGGAGAAACUUUUGAAGGGUUUAGUGAUGCUUGGGGUGGUGGAUUGGAUGCAUCAGAAUUCGUGGGACCAAAGAAAAUUCCGAAACAACAAGGUCUUGGUGGCCUUGAGUUGCUGCAAACUGGAGACAGUGGUGCGGCUGCAGCUGCUAAGUCUACUAGCGGAGCUGCAGGUACUCCUCUUGAAAAUCUCUUGGUUCAGAAAACUGAAAUGAAGGGUCCAGAAAUGUACAUUGUGGAAGAAAUUAACGCAGAGUUUAGGGAGUCAUUGCUUGCUAGAGUUGGGCUAAUGGGUGUGGUUUAUUUGAGAACACUGCCACCAAAAACUGCCGGUGAUAAAGAAACUGAAUUUUCAUUUCGGGUUGAUAACACAAGUGCAGUUAAAAGAUUUGUUAUGCAGAAUUCAAAGGUUAGUAGCAUUGGUAAUGGGAUGUUUCAUGUGAGAACUGCACCAUCGGAUGAGCCUUUACCAAUAUUGAAGUAUAGUCUGCUUCCUAGGUUAACCCCAUUGCCAUUGAGAGUUCGUCUUGUACAAAGGCGUAGUGGGACUUUACUUUCCAUGAUGAUCCAGUAUGUCUCUAACCCGGAUUUGCUAGUGCCUCUGAGUGAUGUAACAUUUAUUUUGAAAUUACCAGUUGAUCCAACAUUGUUGAAGGUUUCCCCUAAAGCUGUGUUGAAUAGGAGUGAGAGAGAAUUGAAAUGGCAUGUGCCAGAGAUUCCACUAAAAGGUUCUCCUGGUCGGUUGAGGGCAAGGAUUCCUGUUGAUUUUAGUGAGGGAGAGGGUGAUGAAGAUAUUGAGGCUUUUGGUUACGUUAAUUUUUCCAUGCAAGGGACUACCACAUUAUCUGGAAUAUGUUUACGGCCUGCUUCUGAGGGUAAGACAGACUUUUAUGAGGUUAGUCACAAAUAUCAUAGUGGGGUUUAUACGUGCAAUUGACAAAUAAGAUGACCCCAUUGCCUGCUUACAGAUUGUUGUGCUUUGAUCUCUGUUCUUUUUCUGUUAUAAUGAGGUUUUGUAUUUCUGAGUGCUUGUAGAAUUCUUUGAUAUUUGAGCUUGUUAGAUUGAGAUUUAUGUGAAAACUUUGUGGCCAUAUGUUAUGAGCUCGGAUUCCUCUCAAUGAACAAUAGAUUUUUUGUUCUUUA